UAAAUGACUCUCCUACCCGACACCCAGCUCUCUAGAAGUUGAGUUGACUUGCUAGUCGUCAGAUUUGCUGGUUGUCUGUAGCUUUAUUCCAGACUUUGGAACUUUUUAUUCUCCUUCUCUUCGUUGUACAUUCAACCUAAGAAUCAACAAUGGCUGAAGAGGCCGCCUCUCGCAAAAAGACCAAUCCCAGUAGACCCCGUACACAAAGAGCAACAUCGAAUAUAUUUGCCAUGUUUAACCAAAAUCAAAUUCAGGAGUUCAAAGAGGCUUUCACCAUGAUCGAUCAAGAUAGAGAUGGUUUCAUUGGAAUGGAGGAUCUGAAAGACAUGUUCUCCUCCCUCGGAAGAGUACCAUCUGAUGAAGAUCUCAAGGGUAUGCUCAAAGAAUGCCCCGGUCAACUCAACUUCACAUCUUUUCUCACUCUCUUUGGUGACAAAGUUUCUGGUACCGACCCCGAAGGAACCUUGAGAAACGCUUUCUGCAUGUUCGAUGAGGACAACCAAGGUUUCAUUCCAGAAGAUUACUUGAAAGAUCUCUUGGAAAACAUGGGUGACAACUUUACCAAAGAAGAGAUCAAGAACGUAUGGAAAGAUGCUCCCUUGGACAACAAGAAAUUCGAUUACAACGCCAUGGUGGACAUCAUCAAGGGCAAGAGCAAGGAGGAUGAGGAAUAAACAGGGAUAGACUAACGAUGAGCAUAGAAAAGAGUUCAACAGCAACAAUUACUAUGUGAAUGUUAGAAACUCUUAGAAGCAACAACAAAGUCUACAAUAACAACAGCAAUAGAAACAACCAGAAAAACAAUAAUGACAACAACAACAACAACAACAAUAGCAAGAUGGCAUUGUAAACACUUAUUUAAAACAGAUUAUUAAUUUGUGGGUUUCUGAUGGAUUUACCAACCCUGAUAUCGAAACCCGAACAUUCUUGUUUGUUUUCAAUGAAUGUUUAACAGAAUUAACAACAACACGAACAACAACAGUGGAAAUAUAUCAAAGACCAUCUUUGCAGGUAAAGAAAUAUGGAAUAUUUUAUUUUCGAAUUCUGAAAUUACGAAAAAUCAAAAUGGGAGAAAUAAAUAUUUUAAAAUAAUAAAAGAAAGAAAUUGACGACAGCAACAUCAAUAGAAAGAAGAAGAAGAAAGAAGAAAGAAACAUCAAAGAUACUUAUUUGAUAUCGUCGACAAUAAUAACAACAACAACAGCUACGACGAUAAUAAUAAUAAUAAUAAUAAUAAUAAUAAUCUGAAUGAUUACAACAACAACAACAGAAGAAUAAGAUCCGAAUCUUCCGGUCUGCCAUUUACUGGAGAGGGAAUUGCCGGUUAUAUUCAAUGUUAACUGAACAACGCUAACAUUUUUAACAUCUACCCAGCCAACGUUUAUUACAACAUCAAUAACAUCGUUCAAGAACAUCAUCAGCAGCAGCAGCACCAAGAACAACAACACGAACGAUGACGAAAAUAAUAUUAAUAACUACAACCAUCAACCAUUUUUUUGGUCGGGUAAAACGAGCAGCCAUGUUGAUCACGUGACACACGAAGAACCCACUUGACCUUCUUAGUGGACGCCAUCAGCUGACACAGGCAGACCGUCUUCACCAAGUCUCCUCCAACAAAUUGUUUUAAAUCUAUUUUAUUUUUAGGUGAAUUAUUUGUUUAUUUACUGAAAUUUGGGAAAACAAGAAAACAGAUGAGAACAGUUUAGAAAAACUUCAAACAGCCUUGAAACCAAGAUUUUCACCAAUACUUGCCAAAAUUCCACCCAAGAUCAAAGGAAAUUUCAAGAAGAGAGAGAGAAAAAAACAGAAAGAUUCCUGUGAAGCAAGUAUUGGUCUAGAAACAAUUCCUUUUCUUUUGGCAAAGAAUCCUUGUGAGUUGAAAAACGAUCCCUCACCUUCCAUCCUAUAUUUGUCUUUGCCAUUUUUGAUAUUUUUAAUAAAUCUAUACCAACUAUAAUCUAACUAUCGAUCUAGCUAUCAAUUUUA